UGUUAAACACUGACGUGUUUUUGUGUACGCCAGUAUCAAAUAUUUGUUUUUCUAUUGUUAAAGCGUAAUAAACAAUUUAAAAGACGCAUACAGUGCUACCUAAUAUUGAUUUUUGAAAAACUAAACGUAUUCACAAUGUUGAAAGCCGUAAUUCUAAUUGGAGGGCCGCAAAAAGGAACUCGCUUCCGUCCCCUCUCUCUAGACACUCCAAAGCCCCUGUUCCCAAUAGCCGGCUUCCCUCUGAUCCAGCAUCAUAUAGAAGCAUGUGUGAAGUUGGAGGAAUGCAAGGAGAUCCUAAUCAUUGGGUCAUACACGACCAACACUAUGGCACAGUUUGUCAAUGACAUGCAGAAGGAAUAUCAUGUUAUUAUCAGGUACCUUCAAGAGUUCACUCCUCUGGGCACUGGUGGAGGGCUGUAUCACUUCAGAGAUCAGGUCAGAGCGGGCAAUCCGUCAGCGUUCUUCCUACUUAAUGGAGAUGUUUGUGCUGACUUUCCUCUUAAAGAGUUGUGGCAUUUCCAUGCAGAAAAGGCGAAUGCUUUGGUCACAAUAAUGGGUACAGAAGCGACUCGUCAGCAGUCAGUCCACUACGGCUGCAUGGUGAGAGAAGGCUCCACGAAGUCAGUGACCCAUUAUGUGGAGAAACCAAACAGCUACGUGUCGACACUCAUCAACUGCGGAGUGUAUGUGUGUUCCUUGCAAGUAUUCCACACUAUGGCUGACUCGUUUCAGAAGAAACAGGAUGGGUUUUACAGUGGUAAUGGUCAAACUAGUCCUCAUCCUGGAUACAUGUCUUUUGAGCAAGAUGUGUUGAUGCAACUGGCUGGGACCAACAAGUUGUAUGCUAUGCAGAUCGGCCCGAACGUAUCAGUCGGCGCAGGGGUGACAAUCAAGGCAGGCGUGAGAAUCAAGGAGUCGAUCGUACUGAACAACGCGACGAUACAUGAACAUGCACUUGUUAUGUACUCUGUCGUCGGCCAAGAAGCGUCAGUAGGCGAAUGGUCCAGAGUAGAAGGUACACCUUCAGAUCCGGACCCGAACAAACCAUUCGCGAAGAUGGACAACACACCGCUUUUCAACACCGAUGGGAGGUUGAACCCAUCUAUUACUAUUUUGGGUGCAGGAGUAGUGGUCCCAGCGGAAACAAUCCUUCUAAACUCAAUAGUGUUGCCACACAAACAUCUAACAAGGAGUUUCAAACACGAAAUUAUUUUAUAGUGAGGUCUGGCAACAUUGGUUCGUAAGAAUAGACUACAGAUACAAAAUAAUUGUAAAGUAAUGACUAGAAAAAAUUUGAUACUAUUAAGAUAUAAAAGGCCUAAGAUAUGUAGCAUUAACUAAAAAUCGCGGGUUACUCACGUGAAAAUACUGAGAAAAGCUCUACUAGUUUCGAACCACAGAGGGGUCUUCCUCAUGAGCAGCGUGCGCGGUCGCGGCGAUGUCGCGCGGCCCACUGGUAGACUGAUGAGAACCCCACUGUAGUUCGAAACUAGUAACGCUUUUCUCAGUAUAUUCACGUGACUAACCCGCGACUUUAAGUUAAUUUAGUAUGUCUCACGAUAGUUAUUAUAAAAUAUGCAGCAUUCUUAAAAAUACUGACAGUGAUAUAGACAGACCAAUGACAAAAACUUGUGCCCAAAAAAAAAAUCACCGCUAAUGACUUAAGGAGCCGUGAUGCCUAAUCUAGUUAUUGAUAAUACCAUUUUGGUAAGUAAACAACUCUAUUUUAUAAUUAAAUAGCGACCCGCCCCGGCUUCGUCUUCGGGUGCAAUAUUCAUGUAUGUAUUAUACAUAAU